GGCAGGCUGGGUGCUUUUGUGGGGGGGCUUGGGGGCCAUGCUGAGCCCAGCGGGAAGGCGCAUGCGCGGAGGAGGGGCUGCUGCUGCUGCUGGUGGUGUGCUGCUCCUCUCCCUUCUGCUGAUGGUCCCUGCCUUCCGGUCGGCCUCCCUGCGCUUCCUGUCUGCCUUCUCCUCCUCCUUGGUCUCCAUGGCAGCUGCCUCUGGAUCCUCCUCCUCCUCUUACGCCCCCGGGACCCUCUCCGCCGCCUUCGUCACCUGCCCCAACCAGAGCGUCGCCAAGGACAUCGCCAGGGCGGUGGUGGAGAAGCACUUGGCGGCCUGCGUCAACAUCAUCCCCCAGAUCACCUCCAUCUACGAGUGGAAAGGGAAGAUCGAGGAGGACUCCGAAGUGCUGCUGAUGAUCAAGACCCGCAGCUCCCGUGUCUCUGCCUUGGCCGAGUUUGUCCGGUCGGUCCACCCGUACGAAGUGGCGGAAGUCAUCGCGGUCCCGAUCCAGCAGGGAAACCCUCCCUAUUUAAAGUGGGUCGAAGAGACAGUGCCAGAGGAGGGGCCAAAGUGAAGCAGGCCUUUUGAUCCCCCUUCCCCCCCGUAUACCCCCAAAUGAUCCCCAAGGAAAGUCCUGGCACUGGAAUAAAUAUUACUAAAAGGGCAGAAGGUUCAGGCUCUGCAUGUGGUCCCCCUCCGUCUCCCAGACCUUGGACACAAGUUACUUUUUUGGGGGCACAGCUCCCAGAAUCCUCCUGGGGAAUGUCACUACAACUCCCAGGAUCCUCCAGCAAGGCCUCCCACCUCACAAUGAAGAGAUCAUGAAAGAUGUUAUGCCAUUGUCCAUCCAUCCGGACCAGGAGCUUUGCCCGAUUUCAUCUCUAUAACCUCUGCCAUAACAACCGUGUAUUACUCGCCUCUCCUUCUUGUUCAAGGCAAAGUACAACUGGGUUAAAACAGAGAGUUGAUGACCCCCCAGGGCUGAAACAGAUCAACCCAUACUUAACCCUUAAUUGAAUGUAAAUGUUUACGCAUCAGAUUGUUGCCUAUCUGUAAGCUACCUUGAGUCCCCCCCCCCCCCUUGGGGUUGAGAAAGACGGGAUACAAAUACCGUAAAUAAAUCAAUACAUCCUUUGC